AUGACGGAAGAAGAGCAACCCACCCCUUUGCACAUUGCUGCGGCAGGUGGCAGCAUCAGUGUAAUCGAGCAUCUGGUCGCCAAAGGCGCCGACUUGGCCGCUCGUGCAAGGGAUAAUACCACGCCACUUCACUUGGCCAUCCAGUCAGGUCACCUUGGCGCAGUGAGAAAGCUCCUCGACUGCGGAGCAUCCCCCGGUCGUCUCGUUGGCUUUCAGGAGCCAAUAUCACUAGCACGGCGCACAAAUAACGAGGCAAUCGUUGCCACGUUACGACAAGCAAUCAAUUCAGACCCAACAUCAAGCAACAAUCUCGAUCCCCGCAGCAUGGCUUCCGCCAUUGAGGAGGCUGUCCGAAAGAAUGAUUUAGAUUGUUGCAGGGCAUUGAUAGCGCAAGGCUGCAUGGUUAAUACUGCUUUGUCUUGCGGCGGCUGUUCACCACUCCAAGAUGCUAUUCGCGCCCCACAGCCCGACAUCGCUCGGUGGCUACUCGAAAACGGCGCCUCUGCAAGCAAAGGAGCCUGCGCCAAGCAUAGAGUCGACUCGGCUUUGACAACAAGCUUAUCACCGCUCUCGCCACAGGAUCCGGGACAUAUGAAGCUACUUGCCGCAAGGUUCUGCGAGGAAGGGGGUGACAUUUUCGACCCAUGCCAUAUCGAGGCAGCCACCCUGAGCUGGCUGCCUGGCUUCUUUCUCGGCGGUUUAUGGGUCAAGCCAAGAUAACUGCUUCUCCGGCUGCCGAACGGGCAGAGGACGGCAGUCCAGGCUGCUCAGCGAACAGUCAAACUUUGUUUAUCGUCCGUGGAGCGGACCCAUCAAGGCGGCCCUUAUUCCAACAGCUUGGACUCAAAGGAGGUCGCAUGAGCCGUCCAUAACAUAUCUGAUCAGGAUGCA